GUGACUUCGAUUGUUAGCUUUAUGGCGAUUGCCGAAUCCCUGAGUUCUAUCCGAACAGAGUUGGAGAAACUGAACGAGUUCGUCCAUUUGAUGCUCUUCAAUGGGGAAUCGACGGAGUAUAUCGGGUCCAGUAAGAUGGUGUAUGACAUGGAGAACAACGCCUUUCCGUCCGUUGCGAGCACUGAUCCGUCGAUGAAUGCAAUGGCUCUCAUGAAGAUAAAUCAUAUCGGUCGUUGGAUUGAACUGGACCAGGUCGGGACGGGGGAUCCCAAGAAAUUAUUUGUCCAUUUCGAGCCAACUUCUCAAAGCGACGCCUCAGUUAAUCAGAAAACCAGUGAGCUGAAAACUAAACUGAAAGAUGCUGCGACAGGCUCGGGUUUGGUUGUCGAGGAAGCUAGUAGUGGAACAUCCGGUCUUCCUCCUAGUUCAUUGCACACUUUCUUGAAGAAGAACAAAAAAAUUGCUGGGGUUGUUCUUUCCGGUUACAAUGACCGGUUUGUCAAUCAGUACUACCACAGCUUUAAGGAAACACCCGAAGCAACUUUGAAUUACUCGUGUGGUACUGAUACAGUUCAUGAGGACUUGUUGAACAGACUGGAAACAGUAUCCACAAUUGUGGCGAAAGGUCUAGCCAAUCUUCUCGGAGUAGCACCUCCUGCGUCCCCCAACCGAGAUAAGAUGGCCGCCAUGUUGGAUUGCUAUUUGUGCGAUUCCAAUUGUAGCUUAUUCUACAACAUUUCAUCGCAACGUUAUCGACCCAGAUUGAUGCCUGGCGUACCAUUUCCCUUGUACACGUCUGUGGGAAAUUUGGCAGGAUUUGUUUACGAUGUUGUGAACUUCACACGACGAUUACUUGUGUCGAUUCUGGGAAGUGAAGUUCCGAAUGUUUCGCAGAAAGAAUGCAAGCAGAGCGAAAAUGACGUGGUUAUGACUGGAAUCAGAACAAUUAUUCCACCUGGACUGAGAGUUACUCCGGCAUUCCAACGGCAAGAAUAUUCAUCCUUCCAUCGACUGAGCAAGAAGUAGGUAUUUUAAUAUCUGGAAUAGGUGUGACAUUAAUUUCACUCCUUACCGCGUUGUUCUGUGUCCAAAGAAGAGAUGUAAUUUAUAGUUCUCAAUCAUAAUUUCCAAUCGUUGAUCGGCGAAGGCUGUGAUAAUCUUUUUUUAAAACUAUUCAUUUCGUUCCUUCUGUCGUUGUCUUGCUCGCUAUUGUCUGUGACCUCAGAAAUGAAAGGUUUUCCAAUUA